GGUUACAGUCAAGUAGGCGGCACCGAUAGUGUAGUUAGAACUUGGUAUGCAAGCACAUCAGACAGCCGCAGGUUGCUGCUAUUGCAGCAGGAGCAAUAGGACUAGUCACGGAUCUGAGGUUAAUAAGUGGGAGAAAUGGCUUGAGAUUAAACCCCCAAAAAAGCAACGAGAGAUGAGCAAUAUCUGACAGUCUUGUUGGAAAUUGCUGCAGUGCUCUUUUUCCAGGUGUAGUGUAUUAUCAUACAGAUUGAAUAAACUGGUUAACGGAGUCUCAUGUCACAUGUGCUUCAUAGGAAGAAACGGGGCAUCUGCAAGCUGGAUCUGGAGGAGGAUGCUGCGGCAAAUGAUACACAGAGGGCUCAAAGCUUCUUUCUACUGGCUGGGCUUAUUUGUUAGUAGGCAUCCGGUUUUUUUCCUAACCGUUCCCGCAGUCUUAACCAUCAUUUUCGGAUCUACAGUGCUGAGCAGAUUCAAGCCCGAAACGGACCUCGAGAUACUGGUUGCCCCGACCCACAGCUUUGCUAAAGUAGAGCGGAGUCUUGCGAACAGCCUUUUCCCCAUCGACCAGUCAAAAAACAAGCUGUAUUCCGACCUGCACACCCCCGGCAGAUAUGGCAGACUGAUUCUACUGGCUAAGUCUGGGGGAAAUAUAUUGGAGCUAGCCGACCAGGUCCUGCAGGUUCACAAGCAGGUGUUGGAUUUGAGUGUUAAUUACAAGGGAUUCAAUUACACUUUCGCUCAUCUCUGUGUCCUGAGCCAUCAGGAUAAGCGAUGCAUCUUGGAUGAUAUAAUUACGAUAUUCGAAGAUAUCCGUUUAGCUAUUCUGUCGAAUUAUACUUUCUCGAAGGUGCCCGUGAGCUAUCCAAAUACAACCUUAAAGGACGGUCGUGUGUCUUUCAUCGGCCACCAGCUGGGUGGAGUGGCCUUCUCGCCCAACAGCCGAGACCAGCAGGUGAAGUUUGCCCGGGCCGUCCAGAUCACCUACUACCUCCGCAAUCAUGGCCCGGUGGUUCAGGACGUCAUCGCAGAGAAAUGGGAGAAUGCCUUCUGCGCCCUCAUCACGCGCCUGUCCACGCUCAGCGAGGACCUGCACAUCCAGUCUCUCACCUCCUUCAGCCUGUGGAGGGAUUUCCACCAGACGGGCGUGCUGGCUAAAGGGGAGGUACUGGUCAGCAUGGUGCUCCUCCUGCUGGCAGCCACCAUCUCCAGCUCCAUGAGGGACUGCCUGAGGGGGAAGCCCUUCCUGGGUCUACUGGGUGUGCUCACCAUAGCCAUCGCCAACGUGACUGCAGCUGGCAUCUUCUUCAUCUCCGACGGGAAGUUUAACUCCACGCUGCUGGGGAUCCCCUUCUUUUCCAUGGGUCAUGGAACCAAAGGAGUGUUUGAGCUCCUGGCGGGCUGGAGAAGAACUCGAGAGAGCCUUCCCUUCAAGGAGCGCGUGGCAGACGCCUUCGCCGACGUGAUGGUGUGCUAUACCAUGACCAGUUCCCUCUACAUCAUCACCUUUGGCAUGGGUGCCAGCCCCUUCACCAACAUCGAGUCGGUGAAGAUCUUCUGCCAGAGCAUGUGCGUGGCUGUCCUGGUCAACUACUUCUACGUGUUCUCCUUCUACGGUUCCUGCUUGGUGUUCGCUGGUCAGCUGGAGCAGAACCGCUACCACAGUGUGUUCUGCUGUAAGAUCCCCUCAGUGGAGUACCUGGACCGCCAGCCCACCUGGUUCAAGACCAUGAUGAGCGACGGCCAUGACCACGUCACUCACCACGAGGUCUUGCCCUACCACAACCACUUCAUCCAGCACUUCCUGAGGGAGCACUACACGGAGUGGAUCACCAACACCUACGUCAAGCCCUUCGUGGUCAUCCUCUACCUGAUCUACGCCUCCUUCUCCUUCAUGGGAUGUUUACAAAUCAGUGAUGGAUCCAACAUCGUCAACCUCCUUGCCAGCAACACGCCCAGUGUGUCCUACGCCACGACCCAGCAGAAGUACUUCAGUAACUACAGCCCCGUGAUCGGCUUCUACAUCUAUGAACCCAUCGAGUACUGGAACUCCACGGUGCAGGAGCACCUCACAACGCUGAGCCAUGGCUUCAACAAGAUCUCCUGGAUGGAUAACUACUUUCAGUAUCUGAAGGUGGUGAAUGUGAGCGCCUCGACCAAAAGUGAUUUCAUCACCAUCCUGCAGGGCUCCUUCCUGCGCAGCCCGGAGUAUCAGCACUUCAUGGAGGACAUCAUUCUGUCCAAGACAGAUGGGGAUGAAAUGGAGAUCAUUGCUUCCAGGAUGUACCUGGUGGCACGGACCACGGAGAAGACCAGGGAGGAAGUGGUGGAGCUGCUGGAGAGGCUCCGCCCACUCUCGCUCAUCAACAACAUCAAGUUCAUCGUCUUCAACCCCACCUUCGUCUUCAUGGACCGUUACAGCUCCUCCGUAGUGUCGCCCAUCCUCACCUCAGCUUUCAGUGUGCUCACCAUCCUCAUCCUCACCUUCUUCUUAGUCAUCAACCCUCUGGGGAACUUCUGGUUGAUCCUGACCGUCACCUCUGUAGAGCUGGGGGUCCUGGGCCUCAUGACCCUCUGGAAUGUACACAUGGACAGCAUCUCUAUCCUGUGCCUUAUUUAUACUCUAAACUUUGCCAUGGAUCACUGUGCACCCCACCUGUAUACCUUCGUACUGGCCACGGAGCACACCAGGACCCAGUGCAUUAAGAUCUCGCUGGAGGAGCACGGGGCGGCCAUUUUGCAAAAUGCCUGCUGUUUCGUUAUCGGGAUGUUGCCCUUGGUGUUUGUGCCUUCCAAUCUGACCUACACACUGUUCAAGUGCUCGCUCCUCACCGCAGGCUGCACAGUGCUGCACUGUUUCGUUAUCCUGCCUGUGUUUCUAACGUUUUUCCCCCCAUCCAAAAAAAGGCACAAGAAGAAGAAACGGGCCAAACGGAAAGAGAGAGAGAGGGAGCGGGAGAUGAUGGAGAGGGAGAGAGUGAGGGAAAGGGAGGAGAUAGAGUGCAUUGAAGUCAGGGAGAACCCUGAUCAUGUGACUAACGUCUGAGAGGCCGUGUGUCUGUGAGCGGCGAACGUUGAGCGUCAGCAGGACGGUCUUCAGUGAUUGGUGGAUGAGGUGUUGGAAGCCUUUCCUAAAGUGAAGGUGGCCAUGUGGUGUAGCACCUCACAGGGCCCAAGGGGUUAGAGCUGACCGCUCCUCAGAGGGAGGAGGGAGAGAUAGGCUAGCAGCCAUGACCCAGCCAGACAGCCAGCAGCCAUGCUGUCCAGAGUAGAAACCAGACCAGAUCAGACCCAUAGAUCAGCUACGCCUUCAAACUGGAUGGGACAGUGUAUAUUAUCUGCACAGUCUGCUCAUGGUUCCCUCUGCUGUUCAUACAGACACAUGCACACAGCCAGGAUGCAACUACAAACGCCUACAUUCACUUACAGUGUUAUGUGUAUGUGAAUAAUACAUCUUAUUUUAACAAUUGUAAAUCUACAGUACCUUGAGCAAAGCAUGCUAGCAUGACAAUGAGAGACAUGUCUACCUCCAGGAUGGUUGUCAAAGUUAUCUAAAUUGUUUUCUACCAUUUGUCAUAGUAAAUCUGGCCAUUCACUGGCAUAUAUGACCACCCUUAUAGUAUGAUUAGUUUGAUGAAUGACAGGCAGAAGGAUCUAUACAUUAGAAUUUGUUUGAGAGUACACAGAGAUAAUGAAUACCAACAGUACAUUCCAUUCUGUCUUUUCGGUGAACACCCAGGCGAACAGCUGAACUGGACAGAUGGCAUACACUGUGUCCAUUAUUAAGAAUUAUCUUGCACAGUACAAUUGUCAAGGUACAUUUUAAAGGAAGACAAGUAUAUCUGCUUUAUUUCUGUUUUCACAUCUGUUCUUAGCCAACAAUUACAGUGGAACUGCAGCAAGGUACGUCAUUUAAUAGAGUCAUGCAUGUUCUAGAAAUCCUAGCAGAAUGAACUAGGGCCUCUUUAAAGCAGUAAAACCAAAAGGAUGGAGUACUGCAGAGGUUGAAGAUUGUAUUGCCAUAAUAACUGGGCUCGGAUAUGGGGUCAUCUGAACAUCAUGGUUGACGAGGCAUGGUUAGUGUUUAACACAUUUCAGUGUCACAUGUUUUAUUGGCCCAUGAUUAUGGGUCAUGAACAAAAUAAAUGAUUGGGUGGGUUAGAAACGACAGGCUACAUGUUAGGUCAUCAUUUAAUCAGAGAUACUGUAUAUUAGCUCUUUUUGUUUUUGUGAAAUUCUAUGGUGCCAAAUAAUUAGAGGGAAAAACAACUUUUGGGUGCAGAUAAAACACUUGAUUUGUUUUGUAAAUGUGGACAUUCUGUCAAAUGAAAUCUGGAAGUAAAAGACGUCUUAUUGGUUCUAACCUCAAAGCAAUGUCAUACAUCACAAUUAUUCUAGUUUAAGCAACCAUUGGUAUUCAUAUUCCAGUGGCUUUUAUGGCCCCAUGCUUGAUGUACUUUAGAACUUUCCAGAGAAUAUCAACGUUCUCCUCCAGUAGCCUCUCUACGAUCCAGAGUGGCCAAAAUGUAGACCCUCUCCCCUGGGGAAAACCAAGCGCAUUAACUAGCUACGUCUGGAUAAGAUCUCUGUAAGGGCUGAGAAGCACACUCUCAAGGUCAGAUUGCAGGAGAUAGUCAUCACUGACCUCUGACACAAUCUUAGAGUGGCUUGUGGCAUGUUACAGAGUGCCUCUCAUGUAAAAGGAUGUGGCUGUCCUUCGGUUAUGCUUAUUUGAAAGUCAUGACUGUGAGAAAGCAUUGCUUUCUUUAUAUGAUGCUUGAAAGGUUUGAGUUACUCCUCAAAAAGGACAGAUAAAGCUAGCAGGGCAGCUGAAGCAGAUUUGUGUGUGUUUGGACCAAAAGUUAGAGAAGCUUACAUGAGAAAAAUGGUUAGUAGAAUUAACCAUCAUGAAAGCAUCAUGUUGUAGUAGAAGAGUGGUUUAUACUUCAGUAUGAUAGUGCGCUAGUUAUCAAGAUAAUGCCUUUAACUGCACAUGGGCUUUCCCAUUCCUCCGUUAGUGAAAUAAAUGCAAUUACAGGGGUCCUCCAUCAUUAAACAAUCACCCUCCUUACAAAAUUCUUUGUCUCAGAGUUAUUAGCAAAGAAUGAAUCUCUCAUGUUAAAAAUGUUGACAAGUUAAACCCCUCGUUUCAUUCUCAAAUCUCUUGUCUGUGGGGAUGAUUAAUCAUAAGCAUUGAAACCUAAAUAGCAAGAGAGAAUCUGGUACCUUUGAACCAGACAUAGUUUAGUGAGUGGUACAGGCUAGCUACAACACCUGUAGCUGUUGGUAUCUCUGCAUUUUGUAAAAGCCAUGUCAUGUAUGUAUAGCAAGAAAGCAUGAACAUUUAAUAUAAUGGGAACAAAAUGCCAAUUGAAAUCAUUGACUUCCCAAAAUGACUGUACGCAUGGCACUGUAAUGUAUGUAUGCAUGUAUUUAAUUUUUGUACAUUUCGUCUGUGUAUCCUCAUUUUGCUACUCUGUAGUAACCUAUUUCAAUGCAUAUUCUAUAACAUCUUGUGCAAAAAAAAAGAACUUAAUGUCCUUUAUGUUCAACAAGACAAAAGCCAGAGAAUCAUAUGAUGACAUGUAAUAUAAUUGUAUAUGAUUUUUUUGUAAGAUUUUAUAAGAAAAAUAGGAAAAAACUCUAUAAUAUAAGAUUUUUUUUAAGCUGAAAUGUUAUUAUAAAAAAGCAAUAAAGAAAAAAAAGGUUGAACACAGUAGGCCAGUAAUAAACUGUGGAAUGGCAGCAGUAUAGAGAAUAGGUCGACCCAUCGCACACUGCACUGGACAUACAUGUUUGUUGUCCUUCAACAAAUGUAACAUCUUUUCUAUGGGGAGACUUCUUUGUUUGUUUAUUUGUUUGUUUGUCUAUUCCUCACUACCUGGCCAUUAUAUUACAGGGAAAUAUUACAGCCUCUUUUUACUACACCACAAUUUUAUCUGGCUUGGUUAGUCUACCGGAAUAGUUUGCAAAAUAACAAACAUUAACGACAAAGUAUUUACAUUUUAUACGCUGAAAAUGUCUAAGACUGAGCUUAAAGGCUUGCCGUGCUGUUAUGACCCAUAUGUACAUAACUUCUGUUGAAUAUUCAGAUUACAAUAUGAUUAUACAUGAUCCAUGAACAUGCUUAACCCUACAAUAACUUUCAUUGCUUUUUUGCAAGACUCUCAUGAUACAGGAUAGUCGAUUCAUAUUUUCAAAUACUCUGCUUGCUGUGGUUACUUUGUACAAGUCAUCUCAGAUGAAGCUAUGUUUAAUGCUGUCUUUCUGAGUCUACUGUGUGUUCAAACGUGCGACCAAUCAUCACUUGUCUAACAACUUCACUGUCUGCUCCGCUGAGAAAGUCAGUACCUCCACCAAUGUUUAAUUUGUCAUCAUUAAGUAUUCAAUAUCCAAAAUACACUACGUGGCUGUCCAGUGUCCAAAUCCUCUCGAUCUCCAAACUCCCUUGCUUAUGGUUUUAUUUAUCCCUUAAAGCAGGCUGUCUGAUGCAGUCAUUUGUUGGUGCUUACUGUGUGUGUGGUAGGGUGUAAUUUUGAGUUUGGCGUUUGGACAGAACGUGGUCGUUUGAGGACAUCGGUGAAGACGUCAUUAUCUGAGGUUUGGUAUUGAUCACUGUGGUGUCUGAUGCUCUGUGUGUCAAUAUAAAAACCCAAACACUGUUAUUGAGUAGCAGGUGAUAGCAGGCUACUUUAACAUUCCACCACACUUUGUUAUACUAAGGAUAGGCAUCAAACCUGCUGCAGUUGGGCUCAUGAUUCUAGCUUAUAUUACUUGCCAGGAAAACACUGCAAUAAGAUGUGUGAAACAACCAUUGAACAUGAUGACUGGAUUAGAAUAUUGAAAGAUGCAUAGGAAAGUCAGAGUAACCCAAGCAGCAGGUGAAUUAAUGUCUGCCCCUCGAUCAUACACAAGGUUAGUUACGUUUGCAUGUUCAGGUAUACAACAACACAGUGCAAUACGAUUAUGCAAUUAUAAACUGCAGUUGACUACGCUGUAUUACUGUUAUAACAGCAAGAACACAUUUAUUCUGUAUUGUUAGGUAUCCAUUUCCUCAUUGGUUGUAACCCCGACAGUGGAGGCUGCUGAGGGGAGGACUGUUUAUCAUACUGGCUGGAAUGGAGCAAAUGGAAUGGCAACAAACUAUGUGUUUGAUGUAUUUGAUACCAUUCCACUGAUUCCGCUCCAGCCAUUACCACGAGCCCGUCCUCCCCAAUUAAGGUGCCACCAACCUCCUGUGAACCCAGCCAAUGUAUUUUCUGCUCAUUCAUCAAUACUGUAGUCAUCCCCUUUUUUACAUUUGCAAUUUCGUACAGCAUUUCUACACCACAUGUCAAUGUCAACAAUUGAGUACUGCAGUAGGAUUUCCCCCCUUAGAAUAAGCAAAAGACUGAAAACGGAACUGUCUCAUAACGACUUGUGUGUGCUAGGCCAGUUUAAAUACAACGCUACUAACACAGUGAACAUGCAUGUCAGCCAUCUUUCAGACAGUACAAAGUGCUCAGUGUUAAAGAUAGAAAGUGAAUGACUUGAUGAUUUAUUUGGAGUCUGGAUUAGGUUUAAAAACGCUAAUGUCUGAGGCUAUGUACGUGUCAUCAUAAGCUUGAAAUAACAUGUCUUUGUGCACGUCAUAAGCUCUACAUAAGGCUGUGGGGUCCAGGAUAGAUGCACACCAUUUAUCUACAAUAGAAUGACUUUUGAUUUGUCAGAAUGGUUUGGUUGCAUUACUUUACUUUUCAAUGCUUUAUGUGUCUUUUAUGCAAAAUAACUGUUUGGAUUCUGGUGAAUGGUUUGUCGGUGCUGUUGUGAUCCUGUCAGACAGAGUUGAAAACUGGUGGUGGGUUGAGCUGACUGUACAUCAAUCCAUACAUGGUAUUUGGAGUUUGAUUGUGACCAAGGUUGAAUGUUAUGUUGGAAAUGCUGUACAUAGAUAGGAUACAUAGAAUGUAGGCCCUGAAUCAAGCAGCUAGUGUAAGGAUGUGGUUAUGACAACAAUUUGUGUUUGUGUACUAUAGUUAACACACCCCCUAAUCCCUAAAAUUACACUUAAUUCACUUUGCAUACACCAACUGUGACCACUAUGCUGCUAUGAGGCUUAUGGUGAAAACAGAUGACAUUGCAUGAGGAGUAAUCACAGCUUUGUUUAAGUGCACAUCAGUGUAGGCUCCUCAGAGGAGGAAGGGGAGGACCAUCCUCCUCAGUGAAUUUCAUGAAAAUAUAAAUUGUGAAACAUUAAAAAAGUACUGCUUUUUAGAUAAAACUAUACUAAAUAAUAUCACGUCACCAAAUAAUUGAUUAAAACAAACUAUUUUGCAGUGGAGGUCUACAGUAGCCUCAACAGCACUCUGCAGGGUAGCACCAUGGUGUAGCCGGAUGACAGCUAGCUUCCUUCCUCCUCUGAGUACAGUGACUUUAAUAUAAAACCUAGGAGGUUAAUGGUUCUCAUCCCCUUCCAUAUACGUACACUAAUUAUGACAACUUCCAGAGGAUGUCCUCCAACCUAUCAGAGCUGUUGCAGUAAUAACUGACAUGUUGUUGACCCAAUCAAAGGAUCAGAGAAUUAAUCUAAUUGUGAAAGCAUAAUCUACAGCUAUCUAGCACUGCAGUGCAUAUAAUGUGGUGAGUUUUUGGCUCAAAGAGAGAGAAAGACGAUAGUUGAACAGUUUUGAACAAAUUAAUUUCUUAAAAAAUAAAGGAGAAGCAAGAGAGAGAGAGAGAGAGAGAGAUGGCUAGCUAGCUACAUUUCAUAGUAUUUUUCUUUCACUUUGAAUUACCUAGCUAGCGAAUGCAGCUAGCUAGUUUAGCCUACUCAAGCAGAGCUGGCUAUGGCUAUCCAACACUGGAACUCUUCUAAGUCAAGAGUAAUGGAAAGUAGAUCAGCUUCAAUAUUUCAGAUAAAUUAUAGCUUACAUCAAUGUAACACAUAUGGAAUCAUGUAGUAACCAAACAAGGGUUUAAACAAGUCAAAAUAUAUUUUAUAUUUGAGAUUCUUCAAAGUAGCCACCGUUUGCCUUGAUGACAGCUUCUUGGCAUUCCUUCAACCAGCUCCAUGAGGUAGUCACCAGGAAUGCAUUUCACUUGGUAAAAGACCAAGUCCAUAUUAUGGCAAGAACAGCUCAAAUUAGCAAUGAGAGAUGACAGUCCAUCACUACAGUCCAUCAUUGACUGACAUGAAGGUCAGUCAAUACAGAAAAUCUCAAGAACUUUGAAAGUUUCUUCAAGUGCAGUCGCAAAAACCAUCAAGUGCUAUGAUGAAACUGUCUCCUUUAUGGGGACCGCCACAGGAAAUGAAGACCCAAAGUUACCUCUGCUGUAGAGGAUAAGUUAAUUAGAGUUACCAGCCUCAGAAAUUGCAGCCCAAAUAAAUGCUUCACAGAGUUCAAGUAACAGACACAUCUCAACAUCAACUGUUUAGAGGAGAAUCAGGCCUUCAUGGUCGAAUUGCUGCAAAGAAACCACUACUAAAGGACACCAAUAAUAAGAAGAGACUUGCUUGGACUAAGAAACUUGAGCAAUUGACAUUAGACCAGUGGAAAUCUGUCCUUUGAUCUGAUGAGUACAAAUUUGAGAUUUUGUGUUCCAACCGCCAUGUCUUUGUGAGACGCAGAGUAGGUGAACUGAUGAUCUCCACAUGUGUGAUUCCCACCGUGAAGCAUGGAGGAGGAGGUGUGAUGUUGGGGGGGUGCUUUGCUAGUGACAUUGUCAGUGAUAUAUUUAGAUUUCAAGGCACACUUAACCAGCAUGACAUCUGGUUUGCGCUUAGUAGGAUUAUCAUUUGUUUUUCAACAGGACAAUGACCCAACACAUCUCCAGGCUGUGUAAGGGCUAUUUGACCAAGAAGGAGUGAUGGAGUGCUGCAUCAGUUGACCUGGCCUCCACAAUCACCUGAGCUCAACCCAAUUGAUAUGGUUUGGGAUGAGAUGGACCACAGAGUGAAGGAAAAGUUCUCAGUAUAUGUGCGAACUCCUUCAAGACUUUUAGAAAAGCAUUCCAGGGGAAGCUGGUUGAGGAAAUGCCAAGAGUGUGGAAAUCUGUCAUCAAGGCAAAGGGUGGCUACUUUGAGGAAUCUCAAAUAUAUUUUGAUUUGUUUAACUCUUUUUUGGUUAUUACAUGAUCCCAUAUGUGUUAUUUCAUAGUUUUGAUGUCUUCCCUAUUCUUGUACAAUGUAGAAAAUAGUAAAAAAAGAAAGAAAAACCCUUGAAUGAGUAGUUGUGUCCAAACUUAUGACUGGUACUGUAUAUAUAUAUAUUUUCCUUUAUUAUUUUCCCCUAACCCUACCAACCCUAGCCUAAUUGGAGUAAACUAGUGAACAUCACCACUUAGGCUUCUACUUCCAACUUAUACAUACUAUAUACAUUUUACGGACACAAUUUAUUUUACAAUAGUUAUAAUUGUUUUGUUUUGAAUCCCAUCCUUCAGAUUCCCUCAACCCUAUUUGACAUAUUUUUUAAAUUGCUGUUUCACAAAAGUUCUGAACCUAUUUAUAUUUUACAGGGACAGUAUAUUUUACAAAUCCAUUUUUGAUUUGCCAUAUAUUUUUCAACUGUGCUGUGAUGUUUCACAAAAGUUCUGAACCUUUCUAUUCUCAUAGUUUCUACAGAUUGUAAAUUAAAGAUCUUUUUUUUUUGCUAAAAGUAUUAUUAUAUUAUUGAUCGAUUGACUAUGACUUUUCAAAUCACCCAGCAGUGCUAUUUACAGACUUAGCUCCAGGUAAAUGUUGCAAAUAUUUAGCCAUUCCUGGACCUGCCACCGAAAACAAGUUACAUAUGGGCAGUACCGAAACAAAUGAUAUAAUGAUUCUGUCUCUUCACAGCUAAAUCUGCAGAGUUGGGAUGGUUGUAUCCCCCAUAUACAGUGUAUAACAUUCUAUUGGUUGCAAGAAGUUUUGAGUUCGGUGUCAUUUUGCAUAAACCAUGUACCGUGGAAUCGGUACAUCGGAAAUCCUUCCCAACUAUAUGGCACAACUGUCAGUUUAGGUUCUUAAAUUAAACUGGUAUACUUUUUUAUGUAUCACAAUUUUCUUUAACCAAUUUUGAUCUUUAAUGCAGGGCCGACAAACAAGUUCCUUACUUUAUCCCCCUUCCACUUCCCUCUUCCAUUUUUGCGGUAAUGCUGCAAUUAGUUGGUUGUAAUUUUGGGUAGAACAGACAUUUCCAUAUAUUUUUGUUAGCUGCAUGUGUGACAUAACUGAACCAGUCCUAUGAUAUCAUUUACAAAGAUUAUACUUUAUUUUAAAAAAAAAUAUCAAUUAGUAUAUUUGAGUAACCAUAAUAUAUGUUGUAUUAUUUGAAAUUGCAACCAACUUUAGAAAUAGCGAUAUUUUGGAGAUAACUGAAAGUGAGAGGUUGUAAUCUGAAUAAAAGGAAAAAGGCCAUUCUUGACUAUGAGGUGAGACAUUCUUACUCAUCUGCUAGAGAACCAGCUUGGAUUUAAGUACAACUUUUCUAUGACUGAAGCCUUUAGUAAAAGUUCUAAUGCUUUAAUAUUUCCUAAUUUCUGUCCUCUUAAUUCAUAUGCAUUAUAUAAAUAGGCCAUUUUAAUUUUGUGUGGCUUGCUGUUCCAAAUAAAAUUGAAUAUAUUAUCAAGGUAAGAUUUUGGUUUUAUACAUUUAUUGCCACUGGGGCCUGCCGGUGUAACUGCUAAACUGCUUGCUGUACAUUGUAUUGCAUUAUCGUAGCGGGUUUAUUAACGCGUUAGUUAUAGUAGCUAGCUAUGUUGACUAUGACGUUAGCUAAAAUGGCAGCAACGAUGUAUGCUGUGUGUAGCUGCUAGCAUUCCACAAGCCAAGGGGAAAAGUGAGAUGAGGAGAGCACGUAGAUGCGAGAAGGAAUUGUACAAAGAGCAAAUUGUCAUGGUGUUUGUAUAUGGCUGCUAUGAAAGUGAACUGUUUGAGGUUAUCAGGGGUGUAUUCAUUCCACCGAUUCUGUUGAAAAACGUUUCUUAAAUGGAAGCACACGGAAGGGAACGGGGAUAAACAUACCUGAAUUUCUCCAAUAGAAACUCUCGUUUGCAACUGUUGGACUAAUGAUUACACCCUAGAUCAGCUAGAUGCAGACAAGAGUGUGCAAUGCAGCAUUGAAUGUGUCACUGUCUGUCACCUUGAAUACACAAAUAUUUAUCUUAACCUGUGCACCUACAUUGUAAACUUUAAUUCGUAGCCUAGGUUGUACAGUAGCAACCUCAUGAUGGGUAUAUGGAAAAUUUGAGUAUCAUGUAGUAGCCUAAACCUAUUGAUGUUACAGUCAUCUAAUAUGCUAUAAUAGAAAUAAGGCCAUGCUCAUUAAAAAGGAUUGUCCUCUCUCAUUUUAAACGGCACCGACCGCCAAUGUUUAAGCUAAAUCACUUAGCAUAUUUUGUCUUAACCAUUGUAUAUAGGGACAACGUUUCUCCAUGUGUAAUCACCCCAAAUGUAAUCCAUGUACUGUAAUGUAAAUGCAAAUGUGGUCAGUCAUCCAUUAGGUCUUCCCAUGGCUCAGAGACAAUCGGCCCGGCGUACAGAGAAUUAUGGAGGGAGGAGGGAGGCACAGGGGUGUGAAGUGAACAAUACCACAGGAACACUGGCUAGUGACCCUGUGACUACCACAAUGUUCUUUUGCCCUCAGUAGCAUAGACAAGGGAGCCCUCAGACCAGGCCAUUAGUGUUGAAAUGUAGAACUAUCAUUUCUGAUGCUCUACCCAGCUCCUCAGUGGCUGACUGAAUAGGCUUUUCUAGGCUCCAGUGCUGUGGUAGCAAGCUGGCAGGGCUGACAGCAAUCCUCUCUCUCUCUCUUUUUCCUUAUCUUGUGGCAGCAGGAGAAUAUUUAAAAGAUUCAGAGAACUGGAGAGGUAAGCCCUCAUUUUAAUCUCAAACGAUUUUAGCAGCUAGCGCAGGAAGGAAACUGUGAUAGUCAUUACAGAAGAUGACUGCAAGCUGUCUGAUUGCUGCAACAGCAGAAGGACUCUCAACCAGCAACGUUUACUCCUCAUGUUGGAGAGUUGAAUCCAAACACCCAGAGUUUCCACACUCAUUUUUUAAAUCUCCAUAGACUACCUGAGAGGAAAAGUUGGCAGAAUGAAGGGUGGUUUGUGUCAUGUAUUUGAUUUGUGUCUUUACUGUUCUGUAUGCUGAGAGGGAUAUUCUUGGCUCCUGUUUUUGAUUCUGCUGAGGCUUAUGUGUGCUGCGUCUCUGGCUCUCCUUCCCUCGUCACCGGCCUGUCUGUUGGACUGCUUGGGCCCGGUGUGGCUACUGCUGCCCGCAGGUGGCUAAUUCAAUUAACUGUUCCCAUCACACUCUAGUGGUGGUAAAAUUCUUCAACCAAGUUACAGUGAUUUCUUCCCCCUCACUUCUGCCACUUUCUUUCUUCGGGGGAUGUCAAACCAGCUGAACACUGUGUUUUGGGGCAGAGUAUUGACUGUUUAGUAUGAGUGAGCCUUGUUGUGGUCAGACAAUGUUCUGAUUUAUGUUUCACUGUGGCUGGAUGAUGACAGUGUUUAGAGUGAGUUGAUUUUGAACUUUUGUUGCAAGCGUGCUCAUUCACCUGCUCUCAAAGACCACAUUCGGUACGGUUGUAUCUUCAAUGAUAUAUCUACUUAAGCAAAAUACUACAAAUGGUCAUAGCACCAAAUGAACUACAGUCUUCCAUAAAUGCAGAAAUCACCGUAAUAAAUGGUCUCUAGGACAGUAUCGUACAUCUCAGCUGACGUUCUCUAGACAAAAGUUUAGCUAUGCAGGUGUCUAGCUGAAUUUAAGUAAUCCAACUCCAGGAACAUCUUUACAUUUGAAUUGUAACGUAUAACAACCUGACCAGCCAAAAAUAAAACCAUAGUGAAUUGAUUAUGUAAAGGAAUGUUUCAGUGUGAAUUUAUUAGAAGUAUGCUUUUGAAUGCUAUUCAUAUUUUCAUUGUAAACUAUUUUCUACUGCCUGCUAUGUUGAAGCUAUAAAUAGUAUGCAUAUGUGACAUUUUUAUAUGACCAAAACAUUUUAAUUAAAACCUUUGUCUAUUUAA